AUGAAGUCAUCUUUUAUGCUCAUCUUCCUACUGCUUAAUCUCGCCUCAAAAUUGAUCUCUGCAUCUGAGCUCAUUUUAUUGAACACGAAAAAUGCCCGAACGUUUGCGAGUUCCGUGGAAGAAGGCAGUGCCUCGUACUUUGCUACGGAUGAGGAAGUAUUUUACGAACAGCCAACUUGCUUCAGAUCCAGUCCGAAUUCCUUCGAUGCGGAUAUGCUUAAUUGGUUGGUAGUCGAUCUUGGAUCUGUAAUUCAUAAUCUUACGGAAGUAUAUAUUGCAUCCGGUCAAAACCAAGAAUCUGACAAUGUGGAAGUAUUUGUGACAACCUAUCUGGGAACUUCAGCACAUAUCAGCAGGUCGGGAAAUAGCUUGAUCUGGAAUUCUUAUCAAGAAUGCGGUAAAACUACCUCGGAUGAGCAUAGUGGAUCAUCAGCCACUGUUCGCUGUACUCAUCCUCUGGAUGGUCGAUGGCUCAUUCUAAGACGAAAGGCUCCUAAGCCUCUUUCUGUUUGCCUCCUAGCUGUUUAUGUCACUAAAAGUAAGUUAUUUAUAAUUAUUAUUUACUAA